AUGAACAUCCUGCUGGAGCUCUUCGUGGUGACCUUCAAGGUGCUGUGGGCGUUCGUGCUGGCCGCCGCCAAGUGGCUCGUGCGGCCCAAGGAGAAGAGCGUGGCGGGGCAGGUGUGCCUCAUCACGGGCGCGGGCAGCGGCCUGGGCCGCCUCUUCGCCCUCGAGUUCGCGCGGCGCCGCGCGCUCCUCGUGCUCUGGGACAUCAACACGCGCAGCAACGAGGAGACGGCGGGCAUGGUGCGCCACAUCUACCGGCAGCUCGCCGAGGCCGCCCCGCGAGCGGGGGACGAUGGAGAGAAGGAAGCGCCGCCCCACAGCAACUUGCAGGUCUACACGUACACCUGCGACGUGGGCAAGAGGGAGAACGUCUACCUGACGGCCGAGCGCGUCCGCAAGGAGGUCGGCGAGGUCUCCGUGCUGGUGAACAACGCCGGCGUGGUCUCCGGGCACCACCUCCUCGAGUGCCCCGACGAGCUCAUAGAGAGGACCAUGAUGGUCAACUGCCACGCGCACUUCUGGACCACUAAAGCAUUUCUCCCCAAGAUGCUGGAAAUGAAUCAUGGGCACAUCGUAACAGUUGCAAGUUCCCUGGGAUUGUUCAGUACUGCUGGAGUAGAGGAUUAUUGUGCCAGCAAAUUUGGAGCUGUAGGUUUCCAUGAAUCGUUGAGCCAUGAGUUGAAAGCUGCUGAAAAAGAUGGAAUCAAGACAACUUUAGUCUGCCCUUAUCUAGUAGAUACAGGAAUGUUCAGAGGGUGCAGGAUCAGAAAAGAAAUAGAGCCCUUCCUGCCGCCUCUGAAGCCGGAGUACUGCGUGAAGCAGGCGAUGAGAGCGAUCCUCACAGACCAGCCCAUGAUCUGCACGCCUCGCCUCAUGUACAUGGUGACCUUCAUGAAGAGUAUUCUGCCCUUUGAAGCUGUUGUAUGCAUGUAUCGGUUUCUGGGAGCAGACAAGUGUAUGUACCCCUUCAUUGCUCAAAGGAAGCAGGCUACAAACAACAACGAAGCAAAAAAUGGAAUUUAACACCAUUUUGGAUGGACUAACGUUUACGGGGGAAUACGAUGAUGUUACAUGACUGAAUUGUGAAAUGCACUUGCAUCUAACUGGUGCAAAUGUCAACAUCUUACUGUGGCAUUCUCUUGGAUCUUAAACCUGUGUAUUGAACUCUUAAAAAAAUCAUUUUUUUUAUAUACUGUAAAUAAAACUGACUAGAGUACUUGGAAAAUGUGAUAGGUGAGCAAAGUGAGUUUAUGGUGUAGCUGCCACCGUUGUC